AUGCAGGGUUCUGUGAGCGCUGUCGCAGCCGAGGAUAACGAGGAACUUGCGAGGUUCAGACGACAAUGGCUCGAGGAGGUCUGGAGCAAGAAGAAACCUCAGGGGAGCCAAGACGGCGCUGCCGCCUUCACACCCACUAGCACUUCCGCAGAGCCUGCAACGCAGUCCCCUCCUCAGUCUCCCCCUGCCCACCGGACCACGCACAGGCGGGCAUCUCACCACAAUGAAGCGACCUCACCUGUACUGGGCGCGAGGAAGGUCGGGCCAGCAAGUGCCACCGCUCAGUUCGGGCCAUCUCUCCAGCGCGCGGUCGAGGUGUACCGGAAGGCCGUCCAGCACGAGCAGAAGAGCGAGCUCGACGACGCGCUGCGCUUGUAUCGCAGCGCAUUCAGGAUGGACUCCAACGUCGAUCGCGCAUACCAGCUCUUUGAGGAGGAGCUACAUAGGAAGGCUGCCGCUGCUUCCCCAACCCAGAAGGCGCAGCAGCACAAGAAGACGCCGUCCGGGACCGCCGUCGUGGAGGGGCUGCUGUCGGACAUGCAGGCUUUGGACCUGGGCCCGAGUCGCAUCCCUGUCGCCCACGCGUACGGGGAGGGGUUUGUUACCGGGACGCUCGCGAACUUGAUCUCGUCAUGGCCUCCGGAGCUCACGUUCGAGCGGGAUCCUGAGAGUGAGGAGGAAGGGGUGCCUAUCAGGAUGCUACCAGACGAGAUUCUCAUAAUUAUUUUGAGACGGCUCGACCACUCCGCAUUGGAGCGCUUUGCGAGGGUAAACAGAAAGGCGCGAGUCAUUACCUUAGAUGCGUCCAUCUGGAGACCAAGGGUGCAAACGAUAUACAGGCCGCCGCAGAUACCUGACGAGGAAGAGCUCGAGGCGUUGGUUGUGAAGUACAUGACGGAUUACCGACGGAUCUACAUUGAGCAUCCCCGAGUGCGCUACGAUGGAGUUUACAUCGCUGUCUGUCAUUACAUUCGUAACGGAGUUGGCGAGAAUGUUUGGGUCAACUACAGUCACCUCAUCACAUACUACCGGUACUUGAGAUUCUACCCGGACGGUCAAGUGCUCUCUUUGCUUGCGAACGAAGAGCAUUCUCCCUCUCAAGUCAUACCCAUCCUCAAGCCCACGCUCCGCAAGAAGGGCUUCUUCAUCGGCACCUGGUACCUCGACGGCACAGAGCUCCACAUCGACGACCUCCUGCCCAAGGAGCCGACCGCGGCCGAAACACGCUACUCGUUCCAGAUGGUCCUCGACCUGCGCUCGCGCCCGGUCGGCCGCUGGAACCGGCUGGAUUUUCGCAGCUACGACUCGGUGCACAUCGCCAGCGGCGAGGCGACGCCGCUCGCGCUCAAGAACGAGAGGUCGUUCUGGUUCUCGAAGGUGCGGUCGUACGUGUAGACGGGGGGAAGGCGGUGGUAGACUGGACAUGGGCGCAUGGGAGUCGGGGUGGACACUUCCGAGAUGGGAACUUACUUGUAUCUUAUAGCGGAUCAUGGGUGUCGAAACGGAUGGUUUGUUGGAGAUCUAGU